AUGUACAACUUUGCAAAGUUAUUUCGAUCGAAUUUUAUUGAUAUAAAUACAAUAAAUAAAUUCGAAAUUUUUUUAAAAACGAUAUUAGGAAUAUAUAAGGCUCCAGAUAGAACGCACUUGUUGGCCCAUGCAGCAGAUAUAUCAGCGUUAUAUGCAGUAAAAAAAAUAUAUAAUUAUAUGAAAGAAGAUGAAGAAGGUAGGGUUAUACUACGCGAGAAGCCUUUGCUAAUUAGACAAGAUAUACAAUUUAAUGAACUAAAAAAAUUACCAAAAAAUACGUUAGGAUAUAAAUAUAUGGAAUUUUUAGAAACAUAUAAAUUACAUGCACAUGACAGAGAAGUGUCUCAUUUUUUUACUGAUAUAAAUUAUUCAUACAUUUUAACAAGAUACAGACAAAUUCACGAUAUAGGACAUGUUGUAUACGAUUUAAAUAUAUCCAUAGAAUCAGAAGCAGCUCUCAAACUAAUUGAAUUAAUACAAACCAAAUUGCCUAUCACAUUACUAGCUGUUUUAAUAGCCCCUCUUAUGACACCCCUUUAUCGAUUUCAAUAUACAUUUAAAGAUCAAAUUCCAUCAAAUUUUCUGACAUCAAAUUUUGACUAUACAUAUAACGAUAUAUAUAAAUAUAUAGAUGAGAUGUCCAUUAAGCAGUAUGAAUAUAAUUUAACUGAUUAUUUUCAUGUUGACAAAAGGGGUGAUAAUAUUUUUUAUAAUAAAUUAUAUAAGUACUAUUUUGACAAUAUUAAUAAUUCGUCCUUUGUGAGAGGAUCUAUUAUAUACGGUUUUGAAAAUAAUAGUAAUAACGACAUCAUAUUUGAUAAAUUAAAUAAUGAAUACAUAUUUUUAAAAAAUCCUGAAAAAAAAUAUCUUCUUUUUCAAUAUAAACCAAGAAAAAUAUUACUAAAACAGUUGUACCCAUGGGCAUACACCGCCGGGAUAUUAACACGUAAACCCUUGCAUUCUAUUCAUAUCGAAAAAUGGCUUGAUAAGGACAUCGAUCUGUUCAGAAAAACGUACAAUAUUCAUCCUUUACCUUCACACUUACGUCUUAUGGCCGGGAUUAACUGA